AUGCUGACAUUUUUUUUACCGAUAUUUCUCAGUAUAGUCCUAAUUUCAAAAACAUUUUCAACAUCAUCGUCUUCAUUGGUAUCUAUGGGAUACACCGAUAACUUUGAAUUGGAUCGUCAACUUCCAAGUAUAACUUGUCGACAGUGUAUUCAACUUUGGCGUAUUAUUGCUAAAGAUGCACGCUCUACAUGUGCACUACAGUCACGUACUUGCACAGGGAACGUCUGUUUCAUGCGUCAAUGCAAAAAUUGCCCUGUAUAUCAAUAUAUGGCUGGUUGUUUGACGCUCACUGAAUGGCAAAUUACCGAUUUAGCAUUCUCACGCCAACAUAGCGAAUUACUUGCGACACGUGUUGGUGCAACUCUUCUCUGUGAAGAUUCCAUAAAUCAAACAACAUGUAUUUGCAAUCGAAAGGAUAAAUGCAAUGAUAUUCAUGCAAGGGCGCCAUUUUCUACUUAUAACGCACCAUUAUUUGGGGAUAUUAUAAACUUCGAUGCAAUAAUUUCUAAGAUUGACCCGUACUACAACGACGUUGUCAGGUCAAAACAUGUGCUGAGCUAUUUUACAGCUGAUAAUACGGCUAAAUGCCCAUUUUCCUAUCUUACAUUAGUCAUAAAUUGCUCAGCACUUUUCAUAUCAUUUUUGCAUGCUUUAUAUAUCGGUUAG